CGCGAGCGGAGUUAGUGCGACAAGUCUAUGGGGAAACGCUAUUUUUGAACAUUUUAUCACACAUCGAAUUGAAUAAAGGUCAGUGGCUCAGAAUGGGAAAGGAGAAGAAGCACAAAGAACAUAAGCCUGAUAAGCGGGAACGUUAUGAAGAGGUGCCCGUGUCUCGGCCACCAAGCCUGAAGCUGGUGCUGAAGGUGGGCAGCUCGCCGGUGCCCGAGGGCGGCGACCCGCGCGUUCAGACACCGCCACCGUCCGUGGCGCCGCUCCGGCUCAGCAUGGCGGCCAUUAGCGAGGCCGAGACGCACCAUAAGGAGCGCCGCCAUAAAAAGAAGAAAAAGAAGGAGAAAGAAAAGCACAAACACAAGAAGGCGGAGCGGCGGCCGCAGGAGGAGCUGUCGCCGGCCGGCAUGGAGGACCAGAGCUCGGGCACCGAGGCGCCCAGCCAGGGCACCGCCUCGUCUCCGGAGCCGGCCGGCUCGGCUCCCCCGCUGGCCAUGGACGCUGACGAGGAGGCGCCGCCGCCGCCGGUGCAGCAGGAGCAGGAGCAGGAGGAAGAGGGCGCCGGGCGGCCGCCGCUGCGCCGCUUCCUCGAACACCUGCUGCGCGGCCUGCGCGAGAAGGACACGCGGGGCUUCUUCAGUGUGCCGGUUACUGAUGACGUAGCGCCAGGCUACUCGAGUAUCAUCGACACGCCCAUGGACUUCAGCACCAUCGCCGCCAAUGUGGAGGCCGGGCACUACGCCGGCCUGGCCGCUUUCAAGGAGGACUUUCGUUUGAUGUGCUGUAACGCCAUGACCUACAACCGCAUGGACACCAUCUACUACCGCACCGCCAAGCGACUGCUGCACAUCGGCUCCAAGAUGAUGAGCUCGGACAAGGUGAUCGCGCUGCGCUCCAUGCUGCCCUACAUGGCUGAUCUACCUCCUGACGUGCUGGGCGUGGAAGCAGACCUGCUGGACCGCGACCAGCAGCACCAGCAGCACCAACUGCAGCCGGACACCCAGCUGCAGCCGGACACUCUCCAGCAGCAGCAGCAGCAGCAGCAGCCGGACACUUCGCUGGCGGCCGACGAGCGUCGCUCCUCGGGGCCUGUGCGGGGGACCCGCACCACGCGGGCCGGCUCUGCGCGGGAGCAGUACUGCAAGCCGGAGCCGACCCAGCGGCCCGAGCCUCAGUCGGCCCAGCCAGCGCAGCAAGCAAAGCCCGAACAGGUGCAGCAGGAAAAGCCUGAGCCGUUGCAGCGGCCUUCGGGGCCGAAGCAGGCUGAGCUUGAUCCCAUGCGGGGGGCCGAUGAGCCCACAGCCGGGACUGCCACCGCAGCCGGGACUGCCAGCACAGCCGGGACUGCCACCACAGCCGGGACUGCCGUCGCCGCCACAGCCACCGCCGCCGCCACAGCCGCCGCAUCCGCCAAGCUGGGUUUCCUGCGCCAGCGGAUAGAUGGCACCACAUCGCUAGCGAUCGUGACGCCAGUGGGCGGAGAGCGCGCCGAGCGUGUGCUGACGGUCGGCGCACUGGCCGGCCGCCUGCCGCAGGGUGCGCCCCAUCUACCUCCCUACAGAGACGACAAACGCAACGUCGCUAAGCCCGUGAAGCCGUUGUACUACGGUGCGUACAGCUCGUUCGCGCCCAACUACGACUCGACGUUCGCCACGAUCAGCUACAGCGAGUCGGAGCUGCUGUUCGAGGCGUGCGGCGACGGUCAGACCAGACAGCUGGCGCACAGCGUGCGCCAGGCGGCCGACGACUGCGACGUGGCCGUGGAGAUGGUGGACAGCCUGCUGGACGCGCUGACGGACGGCCAGCACCGGCGCUCGGAGCAGCGCCGCCGUCUGGCCGAGCAGGACCAGGCCUUCGGGCAGCCGGCCGCCGCCGCCAGCGCCGGCCGCCCCGCCGUCGACUUCUCGGCCCUGCGCUCCCUCACUGACCUCGGAAUCGACGUCGGCUUUCUGGACCAGUUCGAGGCAGAGGAGCGGCGCCACCGCGACACGCAGGACCGCCUAGACCAGACCUCCGAGUUGCUGAGCUCGCUGAACGCCGUCCAGGUGCGGCGGCUGAGCCAGCCGCCCGAGGCGGCACCGCUGCCGCCCUCCCAGCACGAGGUCCAACUCGCCGACGACGUGGCGAGCAGUCUGGCGGAGCUGGUGCGGCGGGCGCCGCCG